CGCUGAUCCUGAGCCCAAAGAGCCGGAUCGCAGAACGGAUCCGGAAUUCCCAGCCCAACCCAGGAACGCUGACAGAAGCUGCGGGAGGAGGGGGCGGUGUGAGGGGGAUGGGUCGUUGAAAGAUAAGACCAGAGGUGGAGACGGUCCGAUACUGUGGUCAGCGCAAGAGAGGAUGACGAUGGCGCAUGUAGGGGCAGUAUUUGCAACAGUGGCAGGGGUGAUGGCCAUCCUUUUGCACUCCUCCAUUCACAAGAUAGAGGAAGGGCACCUUGCCGUUUACUACAGGGGAGGCGCGCUGCUGACUUCUCCCAAUGGUCCAGGAUACCACAUCAUGCUGCCUUUCAUCACGACAUACAGAUCAGUGCAGACUACGCUUCAAACUGAUGAGAUCAAGAAUGUGCCUUGUGGAACGAGUGGAGGUGUGAUGAUUUAUUUCGACAGGAUAGAAGUCGUUAACAUGUUGGUCCCUUUAGCAGUGGUGGAUAUUGUUAGGAACUACACCGCUGAUUACGACAAAACUCUGAUUUUUAACAAGAUUCACCACGAACUGAACCAGUUCUGCAGCGUUCAUACGCUACAGGAGGUCUACAUCGAGUUGUUUGAUAUUAUAGACGAGAAUCUGAAGACUGCUUUGCAGAAGGAUCUGAACGCGAUGGCGCCUGGACUAACGAUACAGGCAGUCCGUGUUACCAAGCCAAAGAUCCCAGAGUCUAUCAGGAGGAACUUUGAACUCAUGGAGGCUGAGAAGACCCGUCUGUUAAUAACGGCGCAGACUCAGAAAGUGGUAGAGAAGGAGGCAGAGACGGAAAGGAAGAAAGCCAUUAUUGAGGCUCAAAAACUGGCUCAAGUAGCGGAGAUCCAUUUCAGACAGAAGGUGAUGGAGAAGGAGACGGAGAAGAGGAUCUCUGAAAUAGAAGACGCUGCUUUCCUGGCCAGGGAGAAGGCGAAGGCUGAUGCAGAAUAUUACAGCGCUGCCAAGUCUGCUGAAGCAAACAGGCUGAAGCUAACGCCGGCGUACCUGGAGCUCAUGAAGUACCAGGCCGUCGCGGCUAACAGUAAGAUCUACUUUGGCCAGGACAUUCCUAACAUGUUUGUGGAGGGGACCAACGGCCCCGCCAAAGCCGUGCCGUCGCCUACUUUACCGAACGCUGACGCAGAGCGGCCCAAAGGGAAGCAGAGUUCACAGUGAGUUCACGGCUGAGCCCCCGGCGCAGGACGGGACGACCCGAUGGGAGAGCCGUCUUGUCGUCGGAACACGAGCGGCUUCGCAGCUAGCUUGACGAACACUUGGGUCUUAAAUCUACAUGGCAAAGGAGAGAGAACGGGACAAGUAGGCGUUAGCGCGUCUUAAAAGGAGCGAGAACGGUGCCGUCUUUAUGCUUGAGGAGGGGGACAGAGAGUAGCCGCCGCAGCUUGCACUUGCUUUUUCGUUUUAUCAGUAAGGCGUUUGACUUCGCUUGUGUGCAAGAGCUAAGAUUUGUGAUCAACACGAUUUUCUAACCUCUGGUUUAGCUACACUGAAAUCUGACUGGUGACACUAAUUAAAAGUUGGAGGCAGAAGGUUUAUUAGCGGGUGAAGUCGUCUGUGCCAUCUUUUUUUCUCCUGAGUGGUCGGCUGUCCUCUUAACCCAGAUCUGAGAAUUAAUUAAUUAUGCCCUCGUGUCAGACGCCGCUCCUAAUGAAGUUUUGACAGAUUUAAUACAGACACGACUAAAGUAACUCCAGGUGUUAUUGAUCCCACCGUAAUCUUGGAUUUUUGGAGAUUAGUUGCUAAAUGAUAUUGAUUUCUUGAGCGUCUGCUUUAUUUUUCUUUGGUGAUUUUUGUAUUUUGUCGGUCUGCUGAGUGUCUGUGACAUUUACUGUGAAGAAAAUCUAAGGAAAAAAAAAACUGUUGUCUUAUAAAACUAAAUUAAGAUGCUUAACAGGGACUGAAUCAACAGAGGUGUGGGAAUGCGUUCUGUCAGGAUGUCGGCAUGCUUCUUGCUUUGGUUUGGGUUUGAUUAACAGGGCUAUGCAUGUUCAGUUUUUUUUGUUUUUUUUUCUUUCUUCUUGAUUCAAACAAUUAAUAUUAAACCCAUGAUUGUCUCCUCACACAACUUUUUCAGAUGUAAUUACAUGUAAAUUCUCAGGAAGUUUAUUUUAUCCUAAUGAAUCGGUGUCUGAUUUAUUAUGGAGCGACGCUAUGCUUUUACGUCCGGUAAAAAGAAAUGUAAAAAAAAAUAACGGUGAUCGUUUGGUUGCUCCACCAAACCGUUGCUUGCAACUCACAGUAGAUGUCUGUGGAAAUAUUGUCACAUGGGUUUUGUUGAGGAUGAAAUAAUUACAUAAAACUUCCAAUCUUAUCAUUGUUUACUUUUUUUUUUUAUUCUAGAAAUUGACUGGAAUAUUUCUGAGAAUUUGCUAAUGACUGUAAUGUUGAUGUUUUUUUUUUUUUUUUUUUUUUUUUGGGUUUAAUGUCAAAACGCAGCUUCUGAUUACAGUAAUAAUACGUUUAACAUACAGCUGUGUUCAAAAAUAACAGCAGCGUGUUGAAGGCGGCGAGUAGGAGCUCCAGAUCUUUCUGUUGGCUCUUAGAGAAAUGUAAAGGCACUGGAAGGACGGCACAUUCUAGCUCGAA